AUGGCGCGGAGCCGUGGUGUUUCCCCCUUGGUGAGCCUGGAGCUCGUGUCGGCGUCCUUCUCGCCCACCAGCUGGUUGGCGACCAUCCCUAUUGCAUCGGCCACUCGCGAGCAGCGGCUGUUCCAAUCUCUACGGGCGCCUCGCCAACCACGUGGGUGCUCGGAGAUGGGCCGCAGGCUUCUUCUUCCCCACACGAGGAGGCUUAUGUUUUUCCUGCGGCCGAUGCGCUACUCUGCCUCCGCCACUGCCAUCGCUGGCUCUUCGCGCGACCCGCUCCACGUGUGCAUCGUCGGCAGUGGCCCUGCCGGGUUCUACACAGCCGAAAAGAUGCUGAAGGGUCAUGAAGGAGUGCAGGUCGAUAUUAUUGACAGGUUGCCAACACCGUUUGGCUUAGUUCGUUCUGGAGUGGCUCCAGAUCAUCCAGAAACAAAGAUUGUGGUAAACCAAUUUUCUCGUGUAGCUGCGAAUCCACGCUGCUCUUUUUUUGGGAAUGUAACACUUGGAAGUGAUGUAUCUCUAUCAGAGCUUCGAAAGACAUAUGAUGUUGUCGUUCUUGCUUAUGGUGCAGAAAGCGAUAGAUCAUUUGGUAUUCCUGGGGAGGACCUUAGAGGAAUACAUUCUGCUCGAGAGUUUGUAUGGUGGUAUAAUGGGCACCCAGACAUGUGCAACUUGGCACCUGACUUGACAAACACAGAUUCUGCUGUGGUCCUUGGACAGGAAGUUCGUAGUUUAGUGUGUUUAUUACCCUUCUUCUGGGGUGAGUAUUGUGCUUUAUUUUCGUUUUCACAAGAUUUUUGGAAAGAGAUGUCCUUCUACGGGAACAUGAACAUGAGUGUUCCAUCAUAUGCCCAAUGUUUGAAAAAUGUGAAUGUUUGCAUCAAGGAGGCUGAUCUUGCGACAUCGCCUGCGGAUAAGCUCUUGGUUGCAACAGUUACAAACCAACCUUUGCUAAUAUUUAAAUCACAGCGCUGUAAAACUUGUUACUCGUACAUGUCCGUCACUAUGGAGGAGAUGAGGAAUAGUAGAAUAAAAAGACGGGUGUAUGAGCUGCUAUCGAAAGCUGCUACCGUGCAUCAGGAAAACAACGAUAAUGACCAAAAGGAGCUUCAUUUUGUGUUUUUUAGGAAACCUACCAAAUUUCUCCCUUCAGAUGAUGGUUCCACGGUUGGUGCUGUGGAACUUGAAAAGACUCUCUUAAAAGAUGAUGGAGCAGCUGGAAAGCAGGUGGCAGUUGGAACUGGUGAGUUUGAAGAACUAAAAUGUGGGCCCAUCUUAAGUAUCUAUCUUCUUCUUAGAAUUGUUUUGAAGAGUAUUGGGUACAAAUCCUUGCCAAUAGAAGGUUUGUCCUUCGACAAAUACAGAGGAGUUGUCCCAAAUUUGAGGGGCAGAGUUCUGUGCAGUGAAUCAGAGACUGCCACGGUGGAGCUAGGACUGUACGUGGUAGGAUGGUUGAAGAGAGGACCAACUGGGAUUGUUGCUACAAAUCUCCAUUGUGCCGAAGAAACGGUGGCUAGCAUCCUUGAAGACGACAGGAAGGGCGUAUUCACCGACCCAUCUGGUCCGAAAAGGCAAGGCCGGCGGGGACUACUUGAGAUUCUAGAACAAAAGAAUGCCCGCUAUGUGCCCUUCGAUGGCUGGGAGAAGAUCGAUUCCAAAGAGAAGGCGACCGGCGAGCUGAAGAACAAGCCCAGGGAGAAGAUCACCAGAUGGAAUGAGCUCCUGGAAGCCGCAAGGGAGGGUGAUUGA